AACCAUCAUUUUCCUACUCGCCCUCUGACAUCAGCCACCUUCUGAGUCGCUACAGUUUCUCUGCACUCAAAUCAAUCCCUGGCGAUGAAAAAUGAGCCUCUCCCCCACCCGUGCCGCCGCCUUUCGCCUCACGCCCCCAGAGAAGAGUUUCUUCGAGAGGCAGCCGGUGAAGGUUUUUUUCCAAGUCACAUGAUCCAGGAUGCAGGGGAGAAUCCUUCUUGGAACCGAGAUGGGCCCAGAACCGAAUCAGAUGAGGAGCGAUAAGGUGUGAUGCGGGGAAGGCUAUAUAAGAAUGGGCCCCGGGCUGCGGCAGGCACUCAGCCGAGUGGCCCCUUCUCGCGACACAGCCAUGCACGAGCCAGCGGGCUCCGUCGCCAGCCACUUGGGAACCACCAGCCGCAGUCACUUCUACUUCACCACGGCCACGCUGGCUCUGUGUCUCGUCUUUGCUGUGGCGACCAUUAUGGUGUUGGUGGUGCAGAAGACGGACUCCAUUCCAACCCCCCCGGGAAAAUUCCCCCUCAAAGGAGGGAACUGCUCAGAGGACAUCUUAUGUAUCCUGCAAAGGGCUCCGUUCAAGAAGUCAUGGGCCUACCUCCAAGUGUCAAAGCACAUAAACAAGACCAAGUUGUCUUGGAACAAAGACGGCAUUGUCCACGGACUCAGAUAUCAGGAUGGGAAUCUGGUGAUCCAGUUCCCAGGUUGGUACGUCAUUAUCUGCCAACUGCAAUUUCUUGUGAAAUGCCCGGAACAUUCUGUCGACCUAAAGUUGAAACUUCUCAUCAACAAAGAUGUCAAAAAGCAGACACUGGUGACAGUGUGUGAGUCUGGAGUGCAAACCAAAAACAUAUACCAGAAUCUCUCUCAGUUCCUGCUGGAGCACCUCCAGGUCAACACCACCAUCUCGGUCGAGGUGGAGAAAUUCCAGUAUGUGGAUACAAACACCUUUCCCCUUGAGAACGUGUUGUCUGUCUUCUUAUACAGUAGUUCAGACUGAACCCUUUCUCCUGGCUUCUACCAUACAGCACUUCAUCCAUCCAAACACUUGGGCCAAAAGGAAACUUUAGACCAAGACUGAAACUGCAAAAGGUAUUAAAUAGUAUGAUUCUCCUUCUGUCUCUUGGAAAGAUACAGCUCCAGGGUUCAAAAGAGAGUUUUGAAUGAAGUAUCUUUCAGAUAGAAGGUAAGAAAGCAAUGUGGUGC